AUUGCGACUAUCAGUCUAGAGCUCACCGCCUGACUGAGGAGGUGAAAGUUGCGCCACAGGAAGAUAAACCGCAAAAGACAAUAUUGCAUGUAUACAUGAUUUCGCGCGCGCAUCGGAUGAGCGGUAUAGGGGGAUUCCUCGCGUCUUAGAAAGUAAACAGAAAACCGGUGGAUUGGAGAGUUUUGCUCAGUCCAGUGAGGUCCAAGAGACAGAGAGAGAGAGGGGGAGGAAGAAUAUCUGUGCGUGAUUUUUUGAUUUCUGCUCUCAGUCGUCUCAGCGAGUCUAGACUGAAGAUGCUCUUGGACGCAGGACCGCAGUAUCCCACCAUAGGAGUCACUACUUUCGGCUCCUCGCGGCAUCACUCAACAGGCGAAGUCACAGAGAGAGAAGUGGCGUUGGGGAUAAACCCGUUCGCGGAUGGGAUGGGCGCCUUCAAAAUAAACCACAGCUCCCACGACAUCGGCUCCGGACAAACGGCGUUUUCCUCCCAGGCGCCUGGCUACGCAGCGGCCGCCCUGGGACACCACCACCACCCGACCCACGUUGGCUCUUACUCCACGGCGGCGUUCAACUCCACCAGGGACUUUCUCUUCAGAAAUCGGGGUUUCGGGGACGCUGCCGGGGCUCAGCACAGUUUGUUCGCCUCCGGAAGUUUCGCAGGGCCACAUGGACACUCAGAUGCAGCGGGGCACCUGCUCUUUCCGGGGCUCCACGAGCAAGCGGCGAGCCACGCGUCUUCCAAUGUGGUCAACAGCCAGAUGCGGCUGGGCUUCUCGGGGGACAUGUACGGACGGGCCGACCAGUAUGGCCACGUUACGAGCCCGCGGUCCGACCACUACGCCUCCACUCAGCUGCACGGCUACGGCCCCAUGAACAUGAAUAUGGCAGCACACCACGGAGCAGGGGCCUUUUUCCGAUACAUGAGGCAACCCAUCAAACAAGAGCUCAUCUGCAAGUGGAUCGAGCCGGAGCAGCUGACGAAUCCCAAAAAGUCGUGCAACAAAACUUUUAGCACCAUGCACGAGCUCGUCACCCACCUGACGGUAGAGCAUGUGGGGGGACCGGAACAGACCAACCACAUCUGCUUCUGGGAGGACUGCGCCCGAGAGGGGAAGCCGUUCAAAGCCAAAUACAAACUUGUGAAUCAUAUCAGAGUACACACCGGAGAGAAGCCUUUUCCGUGUCCGUUCCCCGGCUGUGGAAAAGUCUUUGCUCGAUCGGAAAAUCUAAAAAUUCACAAAAGGACUCACACUGGUAAGAGUAGCUCGGGCUGGGAAAAUUUACUGCCAGAUCUCGUGACAUUAUCACAUCCAAAACAUGCAUGCGAUCCGGGCUAUUAUCUAGAAAGGCAGCUGGAGAUUCUUCUCAGGCAUUUAGAGCAGUUGUCAACAGAGAAUAUUUCAAGUGUGUGUGUGUGUGUGUGUGUUUGAAGACUUAUUAUUGAUUUUAAAAUGUAUUUACAAUUAAUUCACAAUUAUAAUUUAGUCAAGAAUAAUUACCCUGAUUUUGAUGUAAAUAUUGAAGCAUGGUGGUCGAGAUCUGCAAGUUUUAGUCUCAAAACAAGCCUAGGAUUUAAUAUGUUUGUCGAAUGAAAUAAUUUUUGUUCAAGCAUUUAUUUAUGAUUGUGUCUUUCUCUUAGGUGAGAAGCCUUUUAAGUGUGAGUUUGAAGGCUGCGACAGGCGAUUUGCAAACAGCAGCGACCGCAAGAAACACAUGCACGUGCACACGUCGGACAAGCCCUAUCUGUGCAAGAUGUGCGACAAGUCCUACACACACCCCAGCUCCCUGCGAAAACACAUGAAGGUAAAAAAAAAGAAAGAAUAAAGAUGAUUUUUAUGAUUGUUUUUGUUUUUAAUAUUCAGAUUUCUUAUGUGAAUUUUUUUUGUAAUGGAAGUGUGUUUAAAAUGUUUUUGCAGCUUUGCCUAAAAUAGAAAUGAUAUUUAAAAAAUGUCGAAUUUGAGGGAAAUACAACUGCUUUUUUUUCUUCUCCUUGAAAUUCAGAAACACAAGUUAAUGUGCCUUGACACUUCCUUUCUUUCUUUUCUUUCAACCGAGAAAUGAGAUUAAGAUCUUAAUGAGAGUAAUAAUGUUUGGGGUCUGCUUUGUUAUGGAUGUUCCUAUCAGUCAAAUCAGGACUUUUAAUUGUUCUAGAUGAUUUUCUUUUUGCUGCGUUCCUGCACAAAUGCAAACAACAUAAGCAGGAUGCCUUUUUUAAAUUUGAUUAUUUUCCAUUUCCUCUAGGUCCACGAAUCCACAAACCCGGGCCCUCAGCCGUCUCCAGCGGCCAGCUCAGGGUACGAGUCGUCCACACCUCCCACCAUAGUGUCCCCGUCCACAGAGAACCAGAGCAGCAGCUCCAUAUCACCGGCAGCCUCAGCAGUGCACCACACGAGCAGCCACAGCACGCUGACGUCAAAUUUCAAUGAAUGGUACGUGUAAAUAUUUUUGAAAAAGAAAAAGAAAAAAGACUGAUGCAGAUUUUUUUUUUUUUUUUUUACAAAAUAAAAAAAAGAGAGAGAGAAACUGCUCCGGGAUGAAAAAGACUUGUGAACUGAAAUGGACUGAAAGAUACCCGGAGAGGCCCGAUCGAUCAUUUUUUAAGGCUGUGUUAUUGUGAAAGAGAGAGAAUGCAUGGACAAAAAAGGAGGCAAGGACGAGAAGUUUAACUUUUUUCCCUCGAUAUUUCCUUAUUUUUACCGAGAGACUGCUCAAAAAAAUCUCACAAACAGCAUGCAAUCUGCGGGCCAUGAAUUUUUUGUACAUAAGGAUUUCACCAACAUUGGGGAAAAUGUAAUAUUUUAUUUUGUAAAUAUCACAGUUUAAGGGAAAUUUGUGAAAAUGUGGUCCCUAGAUAUAUGGAAAAUGAGAUGGUUUUAAGAAUAUUGCGAUUCAUCGAAAAGAAUGUUAUAGUUGUGAACCAAAUGUGAAUUAUUCAGUAUUACUACAGUCUACACGUCGACCUAACCGACUCUUAGUAUUAAUGUGCUUUUGUAGCCUAUUCAGUGCAACAUUUUCGUCCAAGGUCCAGUUUGAGUAGCACAGUAUCAUUGUUGUUAUUUAAUGUCAUGUCGAUAAAUCGUGUAGUGGAAGCCUGAAAUUCCGUGUCAACCUGUUUAUGUACGUGAUAAAUAUAAAAAAUCUCUGUCAAUUGCUUUGUCUGAAAGGAAGUAUUAUUAUUACAUGUAAAGUAGCUCAAUUUUCCAUAUUUAUCCGCAUGUAAAGGAACCGGUAACAUGUUAGAAAUGAUCGGUAUUUAUGGAGAAAUGCGCUCGUAUGUAAAAUUUAGUUUACAAAAAAUGUUUGGAUACAUUUCGUACUAUAUUAAAGGAUUAAAAAAAAAUAACCAAACGCAAUGCAUUGGAGCUUCUUGGUGUUCGUUUGAUUGGUUCUUUCUACAAAAAAAAAAGGUACAACAAAUUGAAGCUUUUUCUGCAAACUUCAGCAGAACCUAGUGGAAUUUAAUGCAUCUUGCACGGUCCCCUUUUUAAAAAUUAAUGUCUGUUCAAGUGCAAAAAAAAAAAGAAAAAUCCAACUUUCCCUGUGUGUGUGUGCUUUUACAAGUGUGUGAGUGUGUGGCUAAAGGUUACGUUUUAAACACACAACAACUUCCCUGACAGUCAAUAAGACUUAAACCCACUCCCCCCCUCUUCUGCAUCUUCUGUUUAUCCAAAAUUAACAUCCAACACUUUGCCCUCCAGUAAUGUGCAAAUUAAAUCGAUUAAUCACGGAGGUUGUUCCACGGUGUAAACCCGGGAAUAGUUUGUUACUUAAUUUGUCCGGGAAUCUAAUUUUCAAAUCUAAUUUAUUUUCCUCUUCCGCCGUUUGUCGGAUUUCAUAGACUUUGAGGGGCAAGAGCUGAGGAGUCAGCGUGGCCCCCUCAUUGUUUCCUGGCUGCAGCUUGCCUGCUUGCUUGACCGGCCCAUUAGGCAGAGAUCACAUCAGCAGCCUGCCUCUGAUCGCGGUGAGCACUGCCAGCGUGCACGGUGCCAGUCCGCGGCUCUGCUUCGAUUCUGCACACAAAAAAUGAAGCAUAAAAAGCACAACAAUUUUAACCGUAUAUACACACACAUACAACAGCAAAGGAGGUGUGUGUGUGUGUGUGUGUAUGCGUGUGCCCGCGUGCGUGUGCGCUACCAGCCAAAAUAAAAUAAAACAAAACAUUCACGACUCCCGCCAUCUUUGAUGAUUUGUCGAAAUGUAUUGAAAUGUAUUCAUAUUUUCUUUUCACGGACUAUUAAAUGUGGAGAUAAAUGAAGGAUGGUAAUAAAAUGACUUUUUCGACUCUAUUUAACACUAGCUGUCUGUCUGCUGUGGAGAGAUAGAGAGAGAAAAAAACACGCAACUCUCCACGCCACGUUUGAGAAAGUCACUUUGCAGCUUUAUAGAAAAAUGUUCACAUGUAACUGCAAAUAUAAAUAGUUUAAAGUGCUUGUGUUAAAACUAUCUCAUGUGGUUUCUGGGCUGGCGGGAUAUUGCACACAAGCGCCACAUUUGAAUAGGCCAACAAAUCUGGUGCCAGAUUGACAAAUGUAGAGAUAGGAGCUAAAUGCACCUCAAGCUAGUUUGUUCUCGAGGAAACAGUAAGAUGCUGUUUUUGGAGUAAAAUGACGGGAAAAAUACGUUGUUGAAUUUAUUUGACUUUUGCUUUGUUUACAGAUAAACUAGAUCAUCUCUCUGCGCAUACCUUUAGUAGGCUAAGACAAUAACAUUCAAGCUUCUUCUUCCACCGAAGCAAAAGCAGAAUAAAACAACAUAAAACAGCUAGAGACUGAGUGUAAAGCAUGUGACUCAACGGUGCUGUUCAAUUUCGUCCCCACGCUUCCGUUUCUGUUACUUCACGGGGAAAGAAAGUGCUCGUAAAGAGAGCAGUCCACGACAGGCUGCUAUACGCGGUGAAGUUGACGGUGACUCCGGAUCAAAUAGGAGCUGUGCAAGGGGGAAAAAACAUCCACUUUAAAUGUAUUUACGCUCCAGUCUGGAAAUGACAAACACUCAGAUCUCGGGAAAGCGCAGGCGCCAGCAUCAUGAAUAUUUAUCACCAGCACUUGUGGCCAGUAAAGCGAGCCUGACGUUUGUGUUACCAAGGUAGACAGUGUGCAGCUUAGCUGCGCAUCAAAUAUCUCAGAGUGGAGGUCCAGCUUUUCAUUCCAGACUGUUAUUUUAAUCAUUUUAAAGAAGGAGCUGUCUGCAAACCAUUUACACAUCUCAAAGUUUUACUGUCAUAUAUUUAAGGUUGUAAUUUUUACGCGAAAGAGGAUGCCUUCUCCAAGUUGGUCCCUUUGGCAUUUCCCGGUGAACUCUCUGCUCUGUUAAAUGUUUUGUACGUGCAGAUCAACGCAACUUCUCCAGGGACUAUUUUUCCAAAGCUUUCAGCCACUGACACGCGGAGUAGCUUGAGUCCAAAACCGGAGAAAACUCUAAUCCUUGCUCCCCCUACCCCGCCCCCCUUGAUGGAUGAGGUGCCCAUGCCUCUGCCAGCACUCUGAUCUGCAUGCCCAGCUGCCGUCACUCACUGAGAACUAAAUCGAUAAGUUAAACAUUUGCAGUGGGUUUAACUAUUAGGUUUCCGGCUAAUGUGAGAGAGAAGGAGAAGCAUGUGAUCUAUUUUUAAGUUUGAUCAACUUUAAGGGGUGUAAGUCAUGAAAUAUCCCGGAAAGAAAUGGCAUCCCACAGACUCCAUCUGCUGAGCUUAAGAGUCCUAAUGCAGAAAGGUCAAAUUCAAGUCAAGGCCACUUUCGUUUUUUUGGCUUGCAGAUAAGUUUAAACGUCUCCAAGAAGCCCCAGCUAUGUGCAGCUAUAAAGCUGUUUCAUUGCUGCAUGGUGCAGCAACCUAACCCUGAGUGAACGUCUCAGUUUGCAUACACAUGUGCGACAGAUAUUGAUUUUUGAGGAGAAGAGUUUAGCCUGUAAUCUCACCCAGAGGACCAAAUCAAGAGCUUCAUUUUUUGGUCCUCUGAAGUUUGGAAACAUGAUUUAUUUUUAUCAAAACAAUUCGGCGUCAUAAAAUAAGAUCAGGACAAACAGCCAAAUGAUUAAAAAGGGACUAACAUGAUAUAUUCAGAUAUUAUUUUUAAUUGUUUUUAAGUUCCUCCAACUAUUUUAAAAAAUUGUAACAUGUUUUUGAAUUAUACUCCAACCGGUUUUAAUAAAUUAUUCAAGCUCUUAUUAUUACUAAAA